UACUUGCCUUACUAACAUCUCACCCCAUCCAUAUAUACAAUAUUUUUCUUUUCUCUUUCUUCAUCUAUGAUCUAUACUUCUUAACCACAUCAAUUUUAUAUAUACACAAUGGCUACCAACAUUACCUGGCACCCCUCUCUAUCGCGCAAGGAGCGCGAAGAGACCCGCGGCCAGCGCGGUCUCACCAUCUGGCUGACCGGUCUCUCUGCCUCUGGCAAGUCCACCGUCGCCACUGCUCUUGAGCAGCACCUCCUUCACCUGGGCGUCGCCGCCUACCGCCUGGAUGGUGACAACGUUCGCUUCGGCCUCAACAAGGACCUUGGCUUCUCCGAGGUCGACCGAAACGAAAACAUCCGCCGCAUCUCCGAGGUUGCUAAGCUGUUUGCCGAUUCUUCCACCAUCGCUAUUACCUCCUUCAUCUCUCCCUACCGAGCGGAUCGCCAGGUCGCCCGUCAGCUACACGAGCAGGCCACUCAAGGCGGCGACGCGCCUAUCCCCUUCGUCGAGGUCUACGUCGAUGUGCCCCUCGAGGUUGCUGAGCAGCGCGACCCCAAGGGUCUUUACAAGAAGGCUCGCGCCGGUGAAAUCAAGGAUUUCACUGGCAUCUCUGCUCCUUACGAGGAGCCCGAGAAGGCUGAGAUCACCAUCAAGACUCACGAGAACUCUGUUGAGGAAUGUGUCGCUCAGAUCGUUGAGUGGCUCAACGAGAAGGGCUACCUCAACAAGAAAUAAAUAUGUAAAUGAUGAUGAUGAUUGCGUUUUGCGUUUCAACGAGAUAGAUAGGGUAUUAAUGCCAUGUCGGCUACAGACGUCGUCACAUACAGGCAUGAUCAAAAGUAUAGAGUACAGGUGUCUCUUCAUGCAUGCGAAUCGUUCUAU